GCAAUUACGAAAUUGCUAAGAAACGUUAGAUGGGUCUCUCUAAACGACAGAACAAAGAAAAGAACAAAUCAGUUCUAUCAGUAGACAGUAAGUGAGUUGUCAUAAUGAGACAGGAAAAUACAGUAGAUCACAGUGAGAUGUGUGCAUCAGACUCACAGUGAGUGAGCUCAGUUGCACUUGUUAUGUCUCUAGAUACCUGUAUGUUUUGUUUGUGCUUUGUACAGCUGUGUGAGAUUUGUUGACAAUGGCUUUAUGUUUGUCAGCUAAUGGUAAUGAUGUGGCUCAGUAUGAGACAGGUGGAUCACGCAAGUAUGAGUGACAGAGAAUCACGUUUCAGAGAAAGUGGAAGCGAGACAGAUGUGGAAUGUGUGUUUACAAUUUAUAGAAAUACUGUGGUGAGUAUUGUAGAUAUGCGAGUAUAAAUGAGCUGUGUGUAUAGCUGGGUGAUGAAUAUCAUUGGGCUGCGAGUAUCGCUGGGCUGUGAGUAUGGCUGGGCGAUGAGUAUCAUUUGGCUGUGAGUAUCGCUGCACAGAGAGUAUGGCUGGGCUGUGAGUAUCAUUUGGCUGUGAGUAUCGCUGCACAGUGAGUAUGGCUAGGCUGUGAGUAUCAUUGGGCUGUGAGUAACGGGCGAUGAGUAUCAUAGGGCUGCGAGUAUCGCUGCACAGUGAGUAUGGCUGGGUGAUGAGAAUCAUUGGGAUGCGAGUAUGGCUGGGCUGUGAGUAGCGCUGGGUGAUGAGUAUCACUGGGCUGUGAGUAUCGCUGGGCGAUCAGUAUCAUUGGGCUGCGAGUAUCGCUGGUCUGAGUAUGGCUGGGCGAUCAGUAUCAUUGGGCUGUGAGUAUUGCUGGUCUGUGAGUAUGGGUGGGUGAUGAGUAUCAUUGAGCUGCGAGUAUGGCUGGGCUGUGAGUAGCGCUGGGUGAUGAGUAUCGUUGGGCUGUGAGUAUCACUGGGCCGUGAGUAUCGUUGGGCUGCGAGUAUCGCUGGUCUGUGAGUAUGGCUGGGCGAUCAGUAUCAUUGGGCUGUGAGUAUUGCUGGGCUGUGAGUAUGGCUGGGUGAUGAGUAUCAUUGGGCUGCGAGUAUGGCUGGGCUGUAAGUACCGCUGGGUGAUGAGUAUCGUUGGGCUGUGAGUAUCACUGGGCCGUGAGUAUCGCUGGGCGAUCAGUAUCAUUGGGCUGCAAGUAUUGCUGGGCUGUAAGUACCGCUGGGUGAUGAGUAUCGCUGGGCUGUGAGUAUGGCUGGGUGAUGAGUAUCAUUUGGCUGCGAGUAUUGCUGGGCUGUGAGUAUGGCUGGGCAAUAAGUAUCAUUGGGCCGCAAGUAUCACUGGGCUGUGAGUAUGGCUGGGCGAUGAGUAUCAUUGGGCUGCGAGUAUUGCUGGGUGAUGAGUAUUAUUGGGCCGUGAGUAUCGGGCUGUGGUAUGGCUGGGCGAUGAGUAUCAUUGGGCUGCGAGUAUUGCUGGGUGAUGAGUAUUAUUGGGCCGUGAGUAUCGCUGGGCUGUGGGUAUGGCUGGGCGAUGAGUAUCAUUGGGCUGCGAGUAUCGCUGGGCUGUGGGUAUGGCUGGGCGAUGAGGUGAUGAGUAUCAUUGGGAUGAGAUCAUCACAAGCAUGAGUAUUGUUGAUGAUGUGUACAUCACUGCAGCAGUGGGAUGUGAGUAUUAGGAGUAUUUGAGCAUAGCUUACUUUAUUAUUUACUCAGGGAUGAAUGGGUGUGAUGGACAACUGUCUAAGGUAACAACGUAUGUUCCUCUAGACCGUAAACCGGUCUGAACAGGCUCCUCAUCUACCUAUUGUUUCUGUAACAUUUUUUAAUUGUCUCAUUUAUUUUUUCAAGCUUUCAUAAUAUUGGAAAGCGCUGUGGAAUACGUUGGCGCUAUAUAAAUAUUAAUAAAAAUAAUAAUUUUGGGUGAAUUAGCAGAAUGUUAAUAUUGGCUGUAACAUACAAAAUAUGUAUCAAGAUAGUCAUUGUGACUAAUGUUGCUAGCUGUUAGAAGGUGUGUGUGUAUAUAUAUAUAUAUAUAUAGAAAGAGCGAGAAACAGAUUGAUAAUCGGUACCAGGUUUUUAACUCCCCUUCUCCCCCCCUCUCAUUUAUGGGAAAUCAGCUGAUUUUCAUGAAACAUAUCACAGUUCCAGACUCUUAUGAAAUCCUGGACUUUUCCUGGGCAGUCUGCCCAAAUCCUAAACUAGUCUCAUCUGAAACCAUAGCCUUGAGAAGGGUCCUGAUCAUCUUCAAACCAAACAUCAGGGGUGCCCCACCCGUUCUAAUACCCAAACAAGCUGCUUCCCUUCCUCCAGCUCCCCUCUAUCUUGCUGAAUCCAGUGGGGGUUCAUAGCAAGGUUUAAUACAGAAAUAAAACAUGUUUUUGUUGUAGAUCUAUAUCAUAGUCCAAAAUCCAAGGGAUGGUUUAUUUACUUGUUAAAUGUCUGCCUUGUGUGUUACUCCCCCUCCUCUAUCUCUCUCUCUCUCUCUCUCUCUCUCUCUUUCUCUUUAUCCCUCUCUCUCUUAAACACACACUUUCCUCUGAGUGCUGACUGAUCUGUGUAUCCUCUCUCUGUCUCUGUCGCUCAGAUUCUCACUCUCUUGUGAGUAAGAACUGAUCUGUGUAUCUGUUUUUUUCUGUGAGUAAUCUGAUCUGUGUAUUCCCUAAAUAUUACAGUCACUCUUCUGUGUGUAAAGUCUAAUUUAUGUAACCUGUGUCGCUCUCAUACACCCCCUCCUUUGAGUAAGGGUUAAUCUAUGUCUCUUUUCUCUCAGCGUCUCACAUACAGAGUCUGCUUUGGACAAAGAAUCCACCUGAGUGAUGGGCCACAGGUGAGUUUUAGAAUAUUUAAUCAUGUUCCGUUUUGAGUCUGAUAUGUUCUGUGCUUCAGAGUUUGUGCCUAGGAGCAAUUUGAACUUGUGUAUGGAGGGGUGAGGAAUAACCGUAUCCGCAUAUUGGACAUAUAUUCAUUUUACAGUGGGUCUGUCACAUAAAAAGGGUCUAAUAGAUGGAAUAAUUUGCUAUCAGCAAUUCAGUGUGCACCAUGGACAAUGUCCCAAAUCCAACUAACAGUCCCAAUUUUGGACCCUUGACAUGUCAUCUUAAGUAUUUUCUCUGGUGUCCUACAUCUGGGGACAGUAGAGAUAGUGCCUAUAUAGUGUCAGUGUAUCCUUCACCCUGAACAAGGACCUUGUCUUCAUACCAGAAAACGUCACCAUCACUCUACAUGAAGAAUACCGACUGUUUGUCCUGCUUCCUGACUUUUAUCCUCAUGUGCAUAACACACUGAUUUCAUAGCCACAUGCCUCACCAGCUAGACACAGUGCAUCACUGGCCCACACCAACCUAUCCCAGCUUGUCAAAUUUGGCAAGCAAACAAACACAGCCAUUGGGAUAAUCUCGUGUCUUCUAAUGUUGUUUUGUUCACGCUUUUUUCAUCCCAUAAUACUUCCUUGCAAAUACUGAGCUAUCCCGUCUCAAGUAAGUACUUAUUUUGUGUAUUUUUAUACCUUGGUUAUAAAAUCUGGAGGUGUUUCCAGACAGAACUUUUAAUGUGAUUGAUGCCAUAUGGGGUGUAGCCUUAUUCUUUGUAAUUAAGAUGCAACAUUUUCUCACAACUUUAAAUCAAAGAGGUCCCAUGUGGUUUGCUAAGUGCUGAAUAGCUAAAUUGUGAUUGGUAGGAUCACUAAGCAGGGGAGGGUCAGAUCGAAGUCCCAGAGAUACUGAUUCCUCUGUGCUUCCGUUAGACAUCAUUCUUCUUCUGUUUGGAUAAAGGAUGUGUAAGAUGUGUAGGGGUGGGGUUUUUUUGGUGGGGGGAGAAAUUUGACACACACAACUCACAGCGAUAGUUUAGAAUAAAAAACUUGUUUCACAAAAAUAAAAUGAUUUGGUUUCUAAGACUGCAUAAAUGUGUCAAUAAUUUUAAUAACUCACAGAUUGUGAAUGUAGUACACUUGUCAGGAUAACUCUGCACAUAUUUAUAAGUUUUCCUCAGGUAAGAAAUAUUAAUUUAUAAUGUCUUUGACGGGUGACCAGAAAAUUUGUUGUCUCUAAAGUCCUGUCUCUUUUCCCAGAGUCUGGCUCUUGCUCAUCCUCCUGGGGGGUGUUUCUUCAGAGGCCCCCACUAUGUAUGGAGAGAUCACUUCACCCAAUUAUCCUCAGGGCUAUCCCAACAAUGCCCAGAAUUCCUGGGAGAUCACUGUUCCAAAAGGAUUCGGAAUCAAAAUCUACUUCCUGCACUUGGACAUUGAGCCAUCGGAAAACUGCGAGUAUGACUUUGUACAGGUAAUAUCACUUCAGGAAACAGGAUAGGAGUGUACAUAGUAUGGAUGGGAGUAUACAUAGUAUGGAUGGCAUUUUACAUAGUAUUGAUAAGAGUAUGCAUAGCAUGAGUGGGAGUAUGAUUAGUAUGGAGGAUGGGAGUGUACAUAGUAUGGAUGGGAGUGUACAUAGUAUGGAUGGGAGUGUACAUAGUAUGGAUGGGAGUGUACAUAGUAUGGAUGGGAGUAUACAUAGUAUGGAUGGGAGUAUACAUAGUAUGGAUGGCAUUUUACAUAGUAUUGAUAAGAGUAUGCAUAGCAUGAGUGGGAGUAUGAUUAGUAUGGAGGAUGGGAGUGUACAUAGUAUGGUGGUUGGAUGUUAUCUCUUUGGUAAAAGAGGGAGCUGAUAUGAAAUGGGAUAUGUUAUGCUUCAAUUAAAAGAAUAUGAAUAGAAAUAAAUAGUAACCAAGGAAUUAUAUAUAGUACGGGAGAGAGUAUUAAUUGUAUCUAGUCAAUAAACACUGAAUGGAAGGAAGGAUGCUUAGUAUGAGAUAGAGUAUAUUAGGUGUGGAAGUGAUUUAGUAUAAUAGGAUGUAUACAUGACCUGGGAAAGAACAUACCUGGUGUGGAGCUGAUAUACAUAGUAUGGCAGGGGGUUUAUAAAAAAAUCAGAGUUUGUUAUAAAGGAGAGAGUAUACAUGGUAUUAGACUAGUAUACACAGUAAGGCAGUUUGUGUACAUGGUAUGAGAUUAGUUUACACGGUAAGGCAAUGUGUGUACAUGGUAUGGGAUUAGUUUACACGGUAAAGCAAUGUGUGUACAUGGUAUGGGAUUAGUUUACACAGUAAGGCAAUGUGUGUACAUGGUAUGGGAUUAGUUUACACAGUAAGGCAAUGUGUGUACAUGGUAUGGGAUUAGCUUACACAGUAAGGCAAUGUGUGUACAUGGUAUGGGAUUAGUUUACACAAUAAGACAGUGUGUGCACAUGGUAUGGGAUUAGUUUACACAAUAAAGCAGUGUGUACAUGGUUUGGGAUUAGUUUACACAGUAAGGAAAUGUGUGUGUAUGGUAUGGGGUUAGUUUACACAAUAAGACAGUGUGUGCACAUGGUAUGGGCUUAGUUUACACAAUAAGGCAUUGUGUGCACAUGGUAUGGGAUUAGUUUACACAGUAAGGCAAUGUGUGUACAUGGUAUGGGAUUAGUUUACACGGUAAUGCAAUGUGUGUACAUGGUAUGGGAUUAGUUUACACAGUAAGGCAAUGUGUGUACAUGGUAUGGGAUUAGUUUACACAGUAAGGCAAUGUGUGUACAUGGUAUGGGAUUAGCUUACACAGUAAGGCAAUGUGUGUACAUGGUAUGGGAUUAGUUUACACAGUAAGGCAAUGUGUGUACAUGGUAUGGGAUUAGUUUACACAGUAAGGCAAUGUGUGUACAUGGUAUGGGAUUAGUUUACACAGUAAGGCAAUGUGUGUACAUGGUAUGGGAUUAGCUUACACAGUAAGGCAAUGUGUGUACAUGGUAUGGGAUUAGUUUACACAAUAAGACAGUGUGUGCACAUGGUAUGGGAUUAGUUUACACAAUAAAGCAGUGUGUACAUGGUUUGGGAUUAGUUUACACAGUAAGGAAAUGUGUGUGUAUGGUAUGGGGUUAGUUUACACAAUAAGACAGUGUGUGCACAUGGUAUGGGCUUAGUUUACACAAUAAGGCAGUGUGUGCACAUGGUAUGGGAUUAGUUUACACAGUAAGGCAAUGUGUGUACAUGGUAUGGGAUUAGUUUACACGGUAAUGCAAUGUGUGUACAUGGUAUGGGAUUAGUUUACACAGUAAGGCAAUGUGUGUACAUGGUAUGGGAUUAGUUUACACAGUAAGGCAAUGUGUGUACAUGGUAUGGGAUUAGUUUACACAGUAAGGCAAUGUGUGUACAUGGUAUGGGAUUAGUUUACACAAUAAAACAGUGUGUGCACAUGGUAUGGGAUUAGUUUACACAAUAAAGCAGUGUGUACAUGGUUUGGGAUUAGUUUACACAGUAAGGAAAUGUGUGUGUAUGGUAUGGGGUUAGUUUACACAAUAAGACAGUGUGUGCACAUGGUAUGGGCUUAGUUUACACAAUAAGGCAGUGUGUGCACAUGGUAUGGGAUUAGUUUACACAAUAAGGCAGUGUGUACAUGGUUUGGGAUUAGUUUACACAGUAAGGAAAUGUGUGUGUAUGGUAUGGGGUUAGUUUAUACCGUAAGGCAAUAUGUGUAUGUGGUAUGGGGUUAGUUUAUACCGUAAGGCAGUGUAUGUACAUUGUAUGGGAUUAGUUUACACAGUAAGGCAAUGUGUGUACAUGGUAUGGAAUUAGUUUACUCAGUAAGGCAGUGUGUGUACAUGUUAUGGGAUUAGUUUACUCAGUAAGGUAGUGUGUGUACAUGUUAUGGGAUUAGUUUACAAAGUAAGGAAAUAUGUGUAUAUGGUAUUGGGUUAGUUUACACAGUAAGGAAAUGUGUGUAUAUGGUUUGGGGCUAGUUUAUACCGUAAGGCAGUAUAUGUACAUUGUAUGGGAUAAAUUUACACAGUAAGGCAGUGAGUGUUCAUGGUAUGGGAUUAGUUUAAACAGUAAGGAAAUGUGUGUAUAUGGUAUGGGCAGAGUUUACACAGUAAAGCAGUGUGUGUACAUGGUAUUGGCGGCGUUUACACAGUAAGAGAGUGUGUACUUGAUAUUGGAGGUCGUUUAUAAAAUAAGGGAGAUAGUAUAUAUGUUGUGGGAGAGAGUAAUCAUAAAUCUUGACGGAAUAUGUUAUAUGUGAGAUAUACGUUUUUUCAGUUUAUUUCUCCUCUGUAGAUCAUUGUUGGUGAUCAGGUAGAAGGGAAGUUCUGUGGUCGUAAAACUGAUCCUUCUCUGCCAUCCAUCCCUGUACAUGAGCUUUAUUUCCCAACCAACAACCUGACACUUCAAUUUACAUCUGACUUCUCCAAUGAAGAGAGAUACACUGGUUUCUCAGCACACUACAUUGCCAUGGGUGUGUAAUAUUUAACUUGUGCCUGAUAUAUGUUCAUGUGAUUUAUAGUAGCUUGUCCUGAAACAGUCCUCGGGCACCAUCAAGAGGCUUUAUUAACAUCCCCAUUGCAAUAGAAAAGAGAACUUCCUAUACCAUCAUAAAUUAUUUCUCAUUGUUGAUAGCCGCUCUUUUCUAUUUGCCCCUAAUUACUACCCCCUCUCAGCAACUACGUCUCCUUCCAAUGCCUUAUACAAUAUUUGCUAAAAUAUCUCUCUUCAGUUGGCCAUUACACUUUUUUCUUUUGUUUUGUUUUACUGUCAUCCCCAGCACUUACUCUCCCUAUGCCUCUAAUCUCUAAUGUCAACCUUGGCCCUCCAAUGGCUCUUGCUUUCUUUCCCCAUACUAUUUGAAGUUUACCAGUGUCUCCUACAGCGCUACAGAAUGUGUAGGUGCUUUUUCAAUAAGGUUUAAUAAUAAUAAUGUCUAUUUGUCUUCUUCCUCCCUCCCUCAACAUGUCUCUCUAUUCAUCUGUCUUACCCAUUUUUGUCUUUCUCAGAUGUGGAUGAGUGUGACGAAUCCUCCGAAAUAGAGUGCUCUCACUUCUGCAACAAUUAUAUUGGGGGCUAUUUCUGUUCCUGCCACCCAGGGUAUUUCCUGCACCCAAACAACCAUACUUGUGGAGGUAGGUUAUCUCCUGUGUGGAGUGUUUUUGAACCGGGAGUCAGAUUAUUUCCAUAGGUAUAGUUACAUAGUUACAUAGUUACAUAGUUACAUAGCUGAAAAGAGACUUGCGUCCAUCAAGUUCAGCCUACCUCACAUUUGUUAUUUGCUGUUGAUCCAAAAGAAGGCAAAAAAACCCAGUUUGAAGCACAAUUUUGCAACAAGCUAGGAAAAAAAUUCCUUCUUGACCCCAGAAUGGCAGUCAGAUUUAUCCUUGGAUCAAGCAGUUAUUACCCUACAUUGAAAGAUUAUAUCCUUGAAUAUUCUGUUCUUGCAAGUAUGCAUCUAGUAGCCGUUUGAACAUCUGUAUGGACUCUGAUAAAACCACUUCCUCAGGCAGAGAAUUCCACAUCCUGAUUGUUCUUACAGUAAAAAAACCUUUCCUUUGCCUUAGACGAAAUCUUCUUUCUUCCAGUCUAAACUCAUGACCUCGUGUCCUAUGUAAAGUCCGGUUUGUGAAUAGAUUUCCACACAAUGGUUUGUAUUGGCCCCGAAUAUAUUUGUAUAAUGUUAUCAUAUCCCCUCUCAGGCGACGUUUUUCUAAACUAAAUAGGUUUAAAUUUGUUAACUGUACUGUUUGGAAAUUUGUCCACACUGAAUGUUGGUAAGCAUUCUACAACAUUGCCGUAAUAAUUUUAGGCAGCAUUUCUGAUUUACAAAUUCCCAGUGUAGUUCACAUACUUCAGUGAAAUCUUCUCAUAUUGAGACAGGGCAGACAUUAUACGACAACGUGUUUAGUGUACUGUGGCAUAUAUUUUGGCAGAUUAUGUAUACUUCACCCCAACAGAUAGUGCAAGUAUGUUUAUGUCCUCCAUGAAGUAUUAAGCUUUAUCGCUCUCUUUACUUUUUUUUUUUUUUAAGACCCCAUCAAAGGUGAUUUAAAAAAAAAUGCAUAUGGCACUUUAUUAAAAUAUAUAUAUAUGAUUUUUAAUUAUAAAAGGACCAAGACAGCAUUUCUUGAACUUGAAAGAGACAUAGAAAAUGCCUAUACAUAGCAGGAAUAGCCUUACAGUGGAAGUAAAAAUCUUCUAAGUGAAAGAAAAGUAGUAGUGUAGUAGUUACCUGGAACAGACUUCCGGGGGAAGCAAUAAAGGUUAAAAGCAAUAGUGAAAGGGAUGUAAAUAUCUAGAAUAUUCUUCCAGCUUGAGAUUACAUUGUGAGGAGUCUGUGUGGGCCGAUUAGUUUAAUUUGCUGUCACAGUACAUGAAUAUAAGUUUGUUUUGUGAGCUAGCUGUGGCUAACCGCUGAAUCCUCAUAUAAUCUACCUUGAUCCUCAUAAGCUGAUGAAUAUUUACGAUCUUUCAUCCAACAAACGAUUCAGUAAUCAGAGGGAGGAGGCUGCUUUAUAAUAUAAUUAUGUGGAGAAAAAUAAGUAGCAAAAGAGGUGAGAACGGACAGCAGCUCAAUUAGCCUGCCCUUUGGUGGGUCCCUGCUCAGAUCUCAAGCUAGUUUUAGCUCAACUUGUGCCAUUACAGAGAGAACAUAUCUGAAGCAUAUCAGACUGGUCCCACGCGUACAGGCAGUCCAGAUCCGAAAUGCCAGCAAGUUCCCUCUGCGCAUAAUUAUGUAUGCAGAAAUAAAGUCUGUUUUCUAAGCUCUGCAAGCUGCUCUUUUAAUUUAGUUAUCUGCUGCAAACAUUGUUCUUUCCUUUGCGUACUCUGUGAACCCCCGCGAUGCCCUUUUCUCUUUAGCGGAGGGUAGUCGGCUGGUUACUGCCCAAUUAUAUUUGGCACAUACACAGCUCCGUGGUGUGUUCACAUUAAGCAGCGUGAGCCUGUAUGGGCUAGCGUAGAACACAGAUGUGUGCAACAGAAUUGCAGUAUUCCUUUUGAUUUAUCACCAGUAAUAUUUAUCUGGGAUGAAACAAAUUUGUAUUUUGUACAUGAUUUUUUUAAUUAGUGUUUUGUAAAUAAAUUUAACAUGGCAUUUUUCCAUAAAUGCACAUCCUAAUCUAAUGUAUUCCAUACACCCAUGGUUUAUAGUUUAAAAUUCAUAGUAUACAAUGAAUAAACCAUUGAAAACCACCUAUUACAUAUGUUAAUUUGAAGUAUUUAUAUAAACUCAUAUAAAGCAAGGAGGUAUCGCAUACUUUCGGGUUGUGCUAUAGCAGCUGAAAGCCAACUGCAGGUUCUGUUCCUACAUCAAACAACGCAACACAAAAAGCCAGACUUUGAGAAGAAAAAGCACCGCAAUCGUCUCCAAAGAACUAUGAAAAAAAAUAAAAAUGUAUCAUUAUUACUUCAGUUAAAAAUUAAACAGGAAUGAAACAGGGGUCAGCACUGGACAGUUUCCAGUGUCCUCCUACUGCUUUUUGUGUCUUGUCUUUUCUUUGGCAUUGUGUUUCUUUCAUCUUUUUUCAUUUGUUUGCUAGGGAAUAUUGGUUGUUAUACAUUGUUGUUGAGACUUUUAUAUGUAUUGUAGUGUCUCAGUCAUGGAACCAUACGCAAGCUCAUUGAAUGCACCUAAAACAAUCUAUGUGUGUCUUUCUCAGUGCAAUGCAGUGGAAACCUGUUCACAGACCUCAGGGGACAGAUCAACAGCCCAGGAUAUCCGUCCAAUUACCCUGAAAACUCAUUAUGUGAAUACAAAGUGCACCUGAGUCCCGGGUACCAGGUUAUCCUUACAUUCCAAACAAAGGUUUUCGACAUUGAAGCAGGAGAAGAUGGGAGCUGCAUAUAUGAUACCCUCACUGUAUGUAUCAACCAUGUCUGUGCACACAUGUAGAUAUGUACAUAUAUAUAUAUGUGUUUGGGGUAAUUAUGAAUUGCUGAUGUAAAGCAAAGUAUGAUACAUUUAUUGUGCUUUUUAUUUCUACACUGACCUCACACUAGGUAGUCCCACUCUCUGAAGAUUAAAUCCACUCGUUUCCAACACCUUGGUACAACUCUUGUGGCUUUCAAUCAGACAACCAGUUCUGUUACUUCCUGGUUUGGUUAGCUCAGUGGAGCUAAACUCAAGAGUCAGCAAUUGCCCAGAGCACCUGCCUUGCAAAGACUUCUGAUUGAGCUGCAUUGGGAAGUCUGUGAUUGGACAGUCACAUAAUGUCUGGGCGGGGUUAGAAAGUGAGGGCUUGCAAAGGCUUGAGACAAGAGAACUACAGGUUUUGCAAGCUGUUUUUAGAAAUGCCCCCAAUGCACAAAUGCAUAAGUAAAUGCAUGCAUGUUUUCAUUGCAGGUAUAUGUACUAAAUAUUGAUUUCUGUUGGGAGGGACAGUAUUCCUUUAACUCUGUCCCCCUGCAUUUCUGCAGAAGGUCUGUAAAUAGCAGUUAGUCUCCUUCUUCCCAUACUAUAGAAAUCAUUGUGGGUUAAAUUUUAUGUUUAGCAUGUGUAGGGGAAUGUGGGAGAAUUGUUGGCACACUGAGUACACAUUUCUAACCUUUUAUGGCACUUUUAGAAAGCUACAAUCAUAAAAUAUAAUCAGAUUAUAAAUAUUCAGAAAUUAGAUAUUUGACCAUUUUUAGAUGUAUCUUUUUUUGUCACACCUACUGAAUGCCACAAAAUGGUAUUUCUUCUCUGAUGCUAAUGUUUCAGACCAUGCGUGAAUGGCAGCAGUGUUCAGACGCCUUCUUACACUCUGGGGUGAAACCAUCUAGUUUUUGGCAACACUUUAACCCAAAAGUUGGUGUUCAGUCACCCGUCCCCUCUGCCUCACUGCUUCCUCUGUGCACUGCAGUAUGAGAAAUGGUUAGUUGGGCGGCCAAUAAAAGGUUGAGAGCGUUUUUGCUCUCAGCCCAUCAAUGGACAUUCAUUGAGAGAAGGUGAGAAGGCGCCCAGACACUCUUGUUCCCAUAACAACCUAAACGAACACUGUAGGCACUAACCUAAAUUGGUUUUAGUGCAUUGAGUCCUCUGGUGAUAUCCCUCCAUUCUACGUUAAACCAUUUUAAAUCAGUUCAAAACUAAAUAAAUUGACUUCCUUCAUCCUCGUAUUCUCCUUCAUUCUUGCUAUCUCUCCUAUCUUUUGCUUAUUCCUAAAUUUUAUUCAUCGUCUUCCCCAAGACCCCUUUUUUUACACAUAUGUUUAUACUUGUUUAAUUGUUUCAGAUACAAGUUGGGGGGCGCACCUUUGGCCCAUACUGUGGUAAAAGCCCACCACCUCAAAUUGAGACAGGCAGCAAUGAAGUGACCAUUAUAUUUCAGACUGAUAGCGGCGGUGACCAUAAAGGAUGGCGGAUCAACUACUCAGAGGAUGGUGAGAGUGAACCCAUCACAGCCGGCCCAUGCAUCGGUCCUGAUGGAACCAUGACCCCAGUCAGCACUUUGACAGUGGUGGCAUUUUGCCGCCCCUAUAUACAUUAACUAGUCCGCAGAAAGCAUUUAUCGGCUUUCUAAGUAGUCAAGAUAGGCAGCCGCCUAAGGCUUUACACUGAAUUGGACCUCACGACCACCUAAUUCACAUUAGGGCAGAGUGAUCCGUCGGGUUCUUAUUUUUCAACUGAGGGCCCGGCGCUGGGAGGGGGCCCAGUGGCUUGUCCUGUAUGACACUGGGUGCAAGGCUCUCCACUCAGUCUGCCAAGGGAAGAGACGGCUCAGCAGCAAUAGCAGAAAUAGGUUUUGAAAAAAAAAUCUUAAGCUCCUGAAACAACUUUCUUUUGUUGAACAGCAACACACAAGCAAUAUUAUGUACUCUGUUCAUUUUGACUUAUCAAUUAGGAAUUUGCACCGGGAGCAGCCAUUUUGGCUUGAUUUGUUUCUUCCUCUUUGAAGGAAGCGGAUUUAUACAUGCUCCUUCAGAAACUGAAGUAAUCUCAACGUGGGCAAGCAAAUAAUUUUUCAACAUUCAGGCAAUUACACUUCCAUACACUUUCUCAAAUUUAGUUUAUUUAAACAAAAAAAUUAUACUAGCACAGGCUACAGACAUGUCAUGUAUUUUGUCAAAACAUCAUAUUUUAACACGUUCAAAAUUUGUCUUUUCCGUUUCCACUAGCAAUACCAUGUGACCAUCUGGUAUUUCAGCAUUCUCUUCUUAAUCCACGUAAGAACAAGUAUGUUUUCAAAGACACUGUGACUGUGACCUGCCAAGAAGGAUAUGAGUUUGUAACUACGCAGGUAAAGGUGUAUACUUUAAAUACAUUUAAAAAAGGAAUGUUGCAGGAACAGUAGAACAUUGUAAGAUAAGGGACACCUAUACUAUACCUAUUCUAUUUCCAAAGGAUGUAGUAUAUAUGUUUAUGGUAGCACCCUUAAUCAUAUGAUACUUUCAAAUUGCCACGUGGCCAUUGUAUCACCAUAUGUUUUCCAACAUUUAGUUUUUCUCUGACAUUCCUGUCCCUCUCCAAUUGUUCAACUCUUCACCCACCCAGUCUGCCCAAAUAAUGGACAAUGACCUUAUAUUCACUAAUCCCUUUCUCAUUAUACUGAAUUCACGCACUCAUUUAUGUACUAAUGUCUGUCAACAUUGUCCUAUCCUCGCCAUUUGACGGAUUUAUUUUUCUCCAGCCUGUUUACUCUACCAAAUUACCACUACAACCCAGAUUUACCAGUCCGAUAAAGAUACUUCCUCUAUCAAUACAUUUUGUACCAUAUUUUUUAAUGAAUUAUUUAUACGAUGUAUUGAAAAGUGAGGAUGUAACAUCCACCCAGCCAGUGCCAGACAGUGAAUUUCAAAUGCUUGGCUUUAAAUAAAGGCAUCAGAUAGUAAACCAAAUCUAUUAUAGUUGCAUGAGAGGGAACAAACAGAAUUGCACUAACAUCUUGUACAAUAUCGGGUUGGUGAACUGUCUGCAGAUCAGUGUGUUCUGCAUGAUUUAUAUUCCUGCUGAUGUGUUCCGCUUUUAAUUUUUUUCAUUUGGAAUUCUCCUUCCAAACUUGUAACUUUUGAGUAAUUCGCCCCAAAUUUGCAACAGGUUGCUGCCAGAUUAGCUAUACCCCACUGGUGCACUUAGACUGAUCUAGUCUGCACUACAUUUAUAGAAUGCUUUAUACAUUUUGUUUCUUCUGCUGUAUAUCCAAUAUGCAGCUGUGUGUCCAGUAUUUAGUGAAUUAAUACAUAUAUCGAUUUCUAUAUCUCUCAUUCACAGCUUAAUAUGAAAUCUAUGCAAUCUACCUGCCAAGAUGAUGGAACCUGGUCAGUGACAGAGCCAACAUGCACACGUAAGAUGUAGGAAUGUGUUCAAAUGCUAUAUUUACAUUAAAGGGACACUAUAGUCAACCGAACAGCUUCAGCUUAAUGAGGUUGUUCAGGUGAGAACUUUAGCUCCCUGCAGCCUUUCUUGUGUAAACACUGUAUUUUCUGAAAAUACAGUGUUUACAUUGAAAGCUAGGAACAUAAUAUGCCCCCAUCCACUCAGAUCUGCUGUCAGCAGAGCACAGGGUAGCACUGUGCACUGUGAUUCAGUAUCUCCUCCCUCUGCAUGCAGACACUGAACUUUCCUCAUAGAGAUUCAUUGAUUCAAUUCAUCUCUAUGAGGAGAUGCUGACUGGCCAGGGCUGUGUUUGAAUCAUGCUGGCUCUGCCCCUGAUCUGCCUCUUUGUCAGUCUCAGCCAACCAUAUGGGGAAGCACUGUAAUUGGUCUAACAGCAUGCAGAUUUACAGCUUCAGGUUUGAAUACAGUAAGAUUUUUACUAUAUUUAUGGAGACAUGAGGGAUCCAGGGGGGCUAGAUGGUGAUUUUAACACUAUAGGGUCAGGAAUACAUGUUUGUGUUCCCGACCCUAUAGUGAUCCUUUAAAGUAAAGUGCAAAGAUGUAUGUACACACAACAUUAGUGAAAACAUAGUGCUCAAAAAUGUUAUCAAACCGAACAUCAUUAGCAAUAUAAGGUGACAGGAGGCAUGGACACACUGUUUUGCAAAUGGACAAUACAGGGAUACUGUCAAAGUCCACACUGCAGCAAACCUAAGGCACUAUGGUGCGCAGACACUCAAAAUUAGGGCUAACAUAAAGCGCACGACCCCCACACACUACAUUAGGGCCAAUGUAAGACACCAGUGUGCACAAACACGCCAAACGACAGCUAACAUGACACAAGAUUAGCACACACAUUACAUUCGGUGAUCCUACAUUAGGGCCAAAAUAGGACAACAGGAUCCAUUGACAAUAUUUUUUAGAGUCAUCAUUAGGUGCUAGAACAUACAAAAUGUCCUACCUCCUCCCCCAGAUGCACGUAAGUACACUAUCUUAGGUCCAGUGUGAAGUGUCAGGAAAGGCUUGCUACAUUAGGGCCAACUUAAGGUUAUGGAAUCUACAGACAUUCUACACUGCAUCCAAUGUAAAGCACUAGGGUAAAGAGACACAUUACAUUUACAUCAAUAUAAAGGGCCAAGACCAAAAGACAUGUCAUAGUAUGGUAAAUGUAACGCCAAAACACACAACACAACCUACAUUAGUGCCAGCAAAUGCCUCUAAGGCACAUGUAACAUAGAACCAGCAUAGGACAUACAUCUUUGACAUGUUAGGGCAAAUAUGUAAUAGUACUUAAUAGGUACGAAGUAAACAUGUUUUCUCCUUGUGGUCGCGUACUUAUGGGAUAAUCUAGUACAUCCUCUGAUACUGAACCUAAAAUCAGAAAUGUUGGGGUCGUUUUCAGAAUUUAAUUAUUGGAUGCUAUAUUAAGAUUCUUUGAUUGGGUGGCAUCGUGAAGUCUUUGAUGGGGUAAACUUAACUAUUCUUCUUUUAUAGCUGUGGAUUGCGGGCAUCCAAACAGCAUCGAUAAUGGUUCACCGAUAUUCUCCCAAACCACAUACCUCUCAGAAGCCACAUACAUCUGUGACUCAGAUUUUUACAAGCUGACCUUACCACCCUCUGGAGAUGGUUAGUGUGGACUAGUUCCAGUGGACGAACAAUGUUAAAACCCUGCCUUUGCAGAGUACAGCAGAAGCAUAGCACCAUGCACACGUAUGGGUGUUGGGUAUGAGAACGGAUGAUCACUGGAUUAGCUGUGGGACAUGAUGACUUUUGCGGUUGUCAGUUGCACGUUAGUGAGGACUAGUGUAUGAUUUGUGUUGGCUGUUUGAAUGCUCUGUAAUUCUUGUGUGAAAAUGGAUUGGAGUGCAAACUAACUGAUCUUUCGUCUUCUUUCCCCAGAUACUUUUGUGUGCUCGGCAAAAGGUGACUGGGUGGGUAAAAGUGGGGGAGACGAAAUCCCCAAAUGUAAAGCAGGUACUGCUAAAUAUUUGUUGUUAUUAAUAUGUGUGUGUAUGCAACUUUAUCCAUCUGUCUGUGACUGUUUUCAAGGUUGUCUUCAGGACUGAGGUCUCUUUUGUAAAUGGUAUUUUUGUUUAACUUUAAAUCCUAACUAACGCCAAAAGCAGUUAAAGGACUUCCCACAUUCUAUUUCACUCACAAGAAGGCUUCUACUUGUCUCCUUAGUCCAGGACUCAUCAUUGAGGUUCCAUCUUGUGGGUAUUUUGUGUCUGUUCAUAAGAUACAGAAGUGAGAAUAUGACAGUAUGUCAUAUAUCUCCCCUCUCCAGAAACAGCACAGCAGCUACAUGCCAAGAAGAUGGAGGUAGGGAACAGGAAACAGCAGAGCUUGCCUUCAGAAUAAUUCCAUUUGAUUGUGCUGAGGUAGUUAGACCAGAAAGUAGCAAUUAGUGAAAGGCAUGUGAAGAAAAUAAAGAAUAGGGUGAUUCAGUAUCUGGUGAUGUAAAAUGUGCCACACUUAUCUUUGUCUGAAUAUUUCUUAUGGGUUUUUUUUUCUUACAAACAAAAUAUGGAAAUGGGAAUGUUUUGUCUUUUACCUUGACUAUAUGCUGCUUACAGUUUUACAUUUAAAAUCAAAAAGGCACUGGGGAUGGGGGAAUGAGGAGAGACAUAUGAUGAAAGGGGACACUGCUAGAGUAUUGAGAGUUGUACAUAAGGGUUGGAGGGAGAAGGGAAGAAUCACAGAAGAGGGAAUGCGGGUGGACAUUGGCCAGUGAAGGUAGGUGUGCGGUGAGUAGUCCCAGUUAAAAAGAGUAAUUUUUUCGGAUGGCAGUCCUGUCUAUAAAUAUAUCUAUGUGACUCUGACGUCUGUGUGUGUUUCUAUAAUAAUAUAUAUGUGGAUAAAUCAUGUUACCUAACUAGAAUUGAGAAUAUGAACUAAAUUGUUCAUCAUUGUUCAUCCAAAGCAUAGCACUUUACUUUCCCAGUGAUAUACAAAUAAUGUGUGUUGUGGGACCAGAGUCUGUAUUGCAACCUGACUGCAUGGAACAUAAUGCAAGGGGCCAAACAUAGCAUGCCUGUAUUCUCCCAGAGCAUAACGUUAUUCUCCCCCUUUCACACAUCAACACCUAGGUGCAAAAAAACCCUACAUCUCACCUUAGAGAGAUGCCAUAGGCGAAGAGUCAAUGUGAAUGGGAAGUAUUAUAGGGGGCACAGUUUCAAGCAGGUUUACAAUUAUGACCAUGGGCAAUCUCCAGAGUGAUUUCCAAGCUGUAGUGGAAGUUCCCCAAAGUCUGUCAAGUUUGUAUAUUUGUUAGCUGUCGAAGAGCACUGGUCCAUGUUCAGGGAAUACUCUUGCACCCAUUCAGAACACAUCACUGAUUUGUGUCCUUGCCCUAGAAUAGAACAAUGAAUAUGUUUGAUAUCCAGUGAGUUUUUAAUUAAAGAAUGCAUCUGAGACAGGGUAGGGGGUUUCCCAAAACAGGGUCCAGGAAAAAUCUUGUACACAUACUACCUAAUUCAGGAUAUUCAUUAAAAAACCAUGAACUACAUUGUAUAUAAGCACACUGGUAUUUGUUUCAUUAGUAAAUAUGAGAUUAUAGAAGGGGUCCACUCUACCCCUUGUUUUUACCAUUGGGAGAGAUAGUGUAUCAAAAUAAGUCCAACUCCAAUAAAAAAAAGGAAUUGUUUUGCAUGAUUAACACUUAUGUCUUACGGGACAGAUCUGAUAGAGGCCCAACGUUUUAUCACAUAACAAACAAGAAGAUGUGGCACAAAUUAAAUCUUCCUUUUGUAUCUGACAUCGUUGGGCAGGAGCACAGCUAGGAUUUCCACCAGUUCACUGUAUAAGAAAGGAUCAAAAGUCAUUUUAGCUCCACCGUUUCUGACAGCAAUUCUUAGGAAAUACCAUACUGUUUUCAAUCAUAUGAACCUUCAUAAAACCAAAGUUGUAAUUAUUAAAGUAGAUGGCUGUAAUAUAAUCCAAGUCAGUUAUUAUUAUCAUCAUUUAUAUAAUUCCAACAUAUUACGCAGUGCUUUACAAUAUUAUAAAAGAAGUAAUGUAACAAUAAAAAAAUGUUAUAGGAACAAUAUGUAAAUGAGGACCCUGCUCAAAAGAACUUGCAAUCUAGAUCAGUAGAAUAGGGGAGACAACCCAGCAUCAUCAUUUAAAGAACCCCCCGGAAUGACUCGGGCCACUAUCCAAUGGAUCUCCCAUUAGAUAUAGCUGAAGGUGACCUCACUAUGUAAAUCCCAGUUUCCAAUUAUCAUUGUAUUGUAGGCUUGGUUUCAUGUUUUUUUUUUUUUUAUCUUCUUUGUAUUAUUGUAGUAUUUUUCUUUGCCUUAUGAUGAUUAUAGUUAGUGUACAGUAGCUAAAAAUUGACCAUGAAGAAGCUGAUUUCAGUACAGGCAUGUCCACACAAAAGAUUCCUGUUAUUUUUUUCCUGCAGUAUAUCCAAGCUGGCUGCGAUCUGAUGUGAGUUUCAUCAUCUGAGAUAACUCAUAGCCAUAGGUGAAAACUCCCCCAAAAAAGUUUUGUUUUUAAAAACAAAACAAAAAAAAAAAACAGCCUCACAAAUUAUAUAACUCAUAUCCAAACAUAUCAUCCAACAUGUAGUCUGUGCGGGUUUAACUCAAAUUCUUAUACUUGUGUUGUGUCCUUUUUGCAUAAUCAUAUUAUCUUUGCAUGGACAUUACUGUAUGUGUUCUUAUCUUCUUCCUGUAUGUGUUCUUAUUAUCUUCCUAGUGUGUGGUGUCUGCAGCACAGGUAAAUGUGAGGAUGGCAUAGGCCGUAUAUUUGGUGGAAAUCCGGCUGAACCUGGGCAGUUUCCUUGGCAGAUUGCAUUUAUUUCACCAAGUCGUGGCAGUGGUGCUCUCAUUUCUGACCGCUGGAUCCUGACCGCUGCUCAUGUAGUACAGGAUAAAGAUAGUCCUGAAAUGUACGGAGGAGUCAUAAAUCUACGUCCCAAGAAACAAGAGAACCUUUUGAAGGCCAAGAAAAUAAUUGUCCAUCCAAAUUGGGUCACACAAGACAAUGACAAAAGGGUAAACUAUAACCAUGACAUAGCCCUCGUCCUGCUUUGUAGUAAAGUUAAACUGGGCUCUCUCAUCUCCCCAAUAUGUUUACCAGGAAGUGAUCAUGGAAUGUCUCCCACCUUAAGUCAAAGAGCAUAUAUUGCAGGCUGGGGAGCUACUGAAAAAAAAGAAAGAACACCACACCUGUUGUUUACCAUAGUUGCUCUCAAUAAGAAUGAAAAAUGUCAAGAACUAGACAAGGAAAAAAAAUACACUUAUACCUCCAACAUGCUGUGUGCUGGAGAUGCCACUGGACAUGACAGUUGCAAAGGUGACAGUGGCGGGCCACUCAUGUUCUUUGGUGAAGGAAGGAUGUACACAGCCGGCAUAACCUCAUGGGGAGUCAACUGUGGAAAAUUUGGCGUCUACACUAAGGUGGAGAAUUACCUGGACUGGAUUAAAGAGACUAUGGAAAGAGUGGAAAUGGAGGAGGAUGGGAGUCCAGACCCAGAAUGUGCGUGAGAGUGUGAGCGAGUGUUUGAGUGAGUGUGUGAGUAAAUGAGCAAGUGAACGAGCAAAGAUGGGUAUUGUGCUCUAUUAUUAUAAGCGGCUGGCAACCCAGGUGUGAUAUCUCUCCCUAUCCUGGGUAGAAGAGAUGAUGGAAGUAGGGAUGGGUAUGGUGCUAUUUCAAAAAAAGAUAUGGCCCCAAUCUGACUUUGUUUCCUCACUGGAGUGAACAGAAUUCCAGUAGUAAGGUUGGGGCAUGGAAGUGAUGUAGAAUGUGUGAUCAUCUGGAGUUAGGAGCACCCAGAGCUUGCAGUCCUGUCAAUCAUUUUGUUUUAACCAUUCUCUAUUUUAAAAUUAUGUUUUCUGAAUUAUCGAGAACUGUGUUAUUUGUGCAAGACAAUGCUUUUGAAAAGAUAAGCUGUCAUCAUCCUUCAAAAAGAGAAGGAGGGGAGGUGGAGGACACACAACUGUAAGUGAGUGUGACAGCGUGGUUGUACGUCAGAUGUAUGUUGAACAUGUAUGUGCUACAAAUAGAAGAAUAUUUGCCUAGGCAGUAACCUACCUGGGGGAAUUUUGAAUCUUUAGAAGUGUGGAUGAAAGGGUUUAGAAAAGUAUGUAUGUUAAGAGACUGUUCUAAGAAAGUUGCUUGUGGUUACCUCUUAACAGUUGUGUUUGGUUUAGCUGAUCACUUCAGGUUAGAGUUAUGUAUCUGUUGAGGAGCUAGAUUGAAUUUCAUAAAUUUCUAACCAAUGAAAUGUAUACCCACUGAUUUUUUUUAUGUAACCAUGUAUCUAUAUAUUGCCUUGGGAAACACUCUCAUUCAGAAUUCUGUAUUGAUCGCGGGUUUUCAUUUCUGUAUUAAUAUCAAUAAACAAAUUUAAGCACCUUCUAUUCUAGUCUGACUUUGAGGCUUACCAGAAGUGGAAGAAAGCUAACAAAUCAAGAGGUUUAUUUUCAAUACAUCCUACUGUAAAAAUUACAACUAAUGUACACAUUACAUAUAUCAAUAUAUUCACCAUUAUUUUGUAUUAAAAUAUUAAUAUUCU